AUGGCUUCUUGGAAAGGCUCUACCACCGCCCCCUGGUACACCAUACCCCCGCGAGAAAUCGUCGACGUGGAGCACCCAUGCGUGGUCAAGGACGUCGAUCGAGCCAUCGCCUCACUUCAGCGUGGGCCUGGGAUUGCAGAGAUCCUCGACCCAUCGCGGCUUAAUGCCUCUGCGACUCUCACGCUCAAUCCAGCCGAUGGGAUGAGCAGGCCGCUUUUCUCGACCUCUAAACCAGCCAAUAAUAUGCUUCUCAAGGUGACGGUACCGAAGAGAACGGGCCGGAAACGGAAGCGUAGAUCGCAGGAGCCCUAUAGGGACGAUGCAGCUUCUAGACCCACUGAUUCACCUCCGGCCGCAGGGAGCUGUGAUGCUAAGCAGUUGCUACGUCGUUUAAGAGAUAAUGCAGACUGCUAUGAUAUUGAAGUGGUUGGUAAAGUUGAACGAGUUCAUGUUUUCAGGAACGAAAAGCUAAAGAAUUUUGAACUCGAUAUGAGCAAAGGCGUUACGACGAAUGUUGACAUCGUUCCCCCACCCUCCUUUAGCCACGUCGAAAUGCCGUUCAAGUACAACUAUCGUCAAAAUCCCUCCGUCAAACAAGCAAUAAAUCUCUCCGGUGAAACCAUGAUGAUCAAUACGAAUCGCAUAGCAAAAGUUUUUACUCACCUCGUACCCUCCGACGUGGAAUCCGUGCCAACGCAGCCGAGCGAAAGACUACCACCAAUCGACACCCUCGACGAAGUGCUGAGGAAGACUAUUGAUAUCCUCCAAGGGCUUUUCAAUGACAGGCCGGCCUGGACCCGUCGCGGUAUCCGCAACCACCUGAUAACCAACGAACAGAAAUACGCUCUUCGCUCUGCUGUUCCCUAUGUCGGCUAUAUAUUCCGCUCCGGCCCCUGGCGCGACGCAAUCGUCAGAUUCGGCUACGAUCCACGAACAACACCCGAGUCGCGCAUCUACCAGACUCUGAUGUUCCGCAUCCCUCCCAGCGCCGACGCAGCAGACAUCGAUCCAUCCCUUCAGGACCAAAUGCUCGCCACCAGCAACACCACCCCCUUGUCCGGCCGCCGCUACACCCUGCCGCGCUUCUCCCAAGUCCUAGGCGACGCAACGGUAGGAAACACAUCCCAUCUCUUCACCGGCCAUCCACCCAUCGCCCACGACGGCAAAACCUGGAUGAUAUGCGACAUCCGGGACCCCAUCGUCACCCGGUGCCUAUCACCCUACCACCCCGACGCUCCGCCUCCCCAGCCCACCUGCGAACCCUUCUCCUCGGGCUGGUACGGCAACGUGACGCUUGCCACCGCGCGCGCCAUCAUGCGCGCCAAGAUCCAGCAUAUGCUCGAGCACAAAGCGAGUUAUCCAGAUGACGACGACUUCUUGCCGCUGUUCACGCUGCCCGCGCAUGCGGAGAGCGAGGAGGACAUUGCGCGGUUGGUGCUUAGCCCGAGCGAGGCCGGGGCGAAGUGCUGGCAGAUGAUGAGUGAGAUUAGGGGGACGUUGAAGACGGCGCCUGGGAGGAGGCCUGUGAAACAUAAGGGGGAUGAGAAGGGCCUGGGGGCGGAUGAAGGCCGUAGGAAGCGGGUGCGGUGGGAGGAUGAGGAAGAGGGGGAAGAUGAAGGUGAGGAGGGGGAAGAAGCUGAAGAAGCGAGGCAGCUCGAAGAGGAAGCGGAGCGCGAAGGGGAUGAAGAGGACGAGGGAGAUGGAGAAGCCGGUGAGGAUGAAGAUGAUGCGGGAGAAGAUGACUGA